UCCAUUCACGUUACACCCCAUGCAAGAACGCGCAGACUCAAUCUCAGCUUGGAGCGCGACACUUAUAGUGAGGUCGGCUAUAUAAGUCCAUUCAGCAUCUACUCUUUAAGUAACCAUAUACUUGUUUCUUCAAAGAAGUGAAAGGAGGGCGGCAUCUCGCCAACUACCUAGCAACCUACACUGCUGUACUGGACCUCCUCUAAAGAUUGAAGAUUCCUGUUGAUAUCCUGACAUGAAGCUCAAUUUACUUGGUACCACCGUGAUUCUGCUUGUUGCCUUCUUACCGCGCUACGAAUGUCGGGCUAUUGAGAGCCCUGGCGGUGCUCUGCGCGUCCCAGCUCCCCAAACCCAAAACUCCCAGCAGCAGCAGCAACAGCAGCAGUCUGGUCCCAUCCUGGAGCGGCUCGGAGAGGAGUAUUUCAUCCGACUGGGCAACGGGGACUCUAACUCUUUCCCAUCAUCGUCCAUGUAUCCCGGCGGAUCACCUGCCAUCUACAACAGAGCGUUGCAACUCCAGCUGACGCGGCGCCUUUUACAAGGGAAAGUUGGGAACAUCAGGGCGCUCAUAAGCGGCUUCGGAGACCGCGGGGACGAGUCGAUGGAGAGGGGAAGGAGGUCCGAGGACCCGCCGAUAUCCCUGGAUCUGACCUUCCACCUGCUUCGGGAGAUGAUGGAGAUGUCCAGGGCGGAACAGCUGGCCCAGCAGGCGCAAAACAACAGAAGAAUGAUGGAGCUCUUCGGGAAAUGAAGACUUCUUUCCAGUCCGCCAAAGAUCUCCUUUCCCUUUCUUUUCUUUUCUUUUUUUCUUUCUUUCUUUCUUUUUUUUUUUUUUUUUGUUGCAUUUUUACCAUCAGCACAAAACAUGCUCUGUACAAUAUAGUGCUGCUGUAUCACUCUAUUAUUUAUAGCUUUAACCUCAAACUAUGGAGCAUAAACGGGCUUGACUUAUAAUGAUCCGAUUGUACCUUGCCAUUUUAAUGUUGGUGUCAAAUCUGUAGACUUACACCGUUCUUCAUAUUUGAGAUGAAAUACUUCUGUUAAAGACAUGAAAUACUGCAUUGACAAAAUUGGCAUUUUGUUUUAGAUUAUGGAUUACUGUAUUUAUGAUAUUUAUGUUUGUUAAUAAACUUAUGUGCAACCAGUCAUUUUCUGUUGUGCAAGAGAACAUCUUAUAUCUAUAUUUUUUAAUAAAAAAUUAAAAGCAAUGCUUACACUUCUCUGUGGACAUCCUUACAAAUGAGUUAAUAAUAACUCCUAUGAAAACAAACUAUUCCCAGUUACUUUAAUUACAAAUUUGAUUAACAAACACUUUCCUGUUGUUUCCUGACAAACAAAUGUAUAGUCUUACAUUGGAGAAAUGGAAUAUAGGUGGAACACAGGUUUACAUUUGGUGGGAGAGAGCACAAAGGCCACUGCAUCUUGAGACUUGCCUACACAGAUAUUGAUUGAUUGAGAAAGGUGCUUCAAACUGAAUACAAAAAUCUUAUAUGGUGUAACCAUGGCAUUGCUCCAGAGCCAAGUCGUGGGUUAACAUUGUGCCUCCUCUCCCAACACACUACACAAAAGAGCUGUAACAACAAAAAAUUUACUAAAGGAUGCUGGCCUGUGGCCAUGCAGGUGAAGAACAUUCACACAGCAUCCUUUCUCCUAAACCCAUAAUCCUCAAGAGGAAAUUCUCAUUAUACCAGCAAUGAGGCAAAAACAGACAGCUCAAAGAUGCACCACUGAUAGCUAAUGAGUGUGAAAGACACUGUGUGUGUGCGUGUGCGUUUGUGUGGAUGUGCAUGCUGUGUUGAUCCUUGACCCACAGUGUCAGGAUAAACUAAACAAGAGCUGUGGAUGUGAGUCAUCCUAUUCUGCUUGGCCCACUUAGCAACUUGGGGCUUAGUGCUGCAUUGAGCCCAUUUGUAAAGGAUCCAACUCAGUGAGAGAUGGUGUACAAUAAUUAGAUGGGACUCCGUGGUGGACUACCUCAAUAGUGGAGUCACAGCAAGGUGAGACCAUCGCAGAGGCUGGAAAUAGAUGACUGACGGCCCGAGGCUCACUGCAGCCUCAUAUGUACAGUAGGCUGUAGGCAGGAAUGGCAUCACAACCAUACAGUGCUGAGGGAUCUUAGAACUGUGUCUCAACCAGCUAUAAAAAGGGCACUAAUGCCUUUUCUAGCUGGAUUUCCUUUGACAGAAAUAAAUGAAAAAGAGCGUGAAAAACAGAUAAAGGGAGGGAGGAAGAGAAAAAUAAGUCUUUUUCCCCCUUAGACAUGCGCACACACAGACGGAGGUGGGUGUUACACAAAAUCUGUUUCAU